CAGAAUCAACAACAAAGGAAAUGGCGACGAAACCGGCAUUAAUCAAAGUGGCGGCUCUAUGCGGCUCCCUCCGAAAAGCCUCCUUUAACAGAGGCCUCGUUCGUUCCGCAAUCCAGUUAACGGAGGAGUCGGAGUCGUUGAAGGGCAUUGAAAUAGAGGAAAUUGACAUUUCGUCGCUACCAAUGUUAAACACCGACCUGGAAGGGGCCGAUGGGAUGGCGUUUCCGCCGGUGGUUGAAGAUUUCCGGAGCAAAAUUUUGGUAGCUGAUAGCAUCCUUUUUGCUUCGCCGGAGUACAAUUUCUCCGUCACUGCAAUAUUAAAAAAUGCUAUUGACUGGGCAUCAAGACCACCUAAUGUAUGGGCCGGAAAAGCCGCCGCCAUCGUCAGUGCCGGAGGAGGCCUUGGAGGGGGCUUACAACACUUCCAUCUCCGCCAGAUUGGAGUUUUUCUGGACCUUCAUUUCGUCAAUAAACCCCUGUUUUUUGUCAAGGCUUUCCAGCCUCCUCCCAAGUUCGAUGCCGAUGGCAAUCUCAUAGACGCAGAGUCCAAGGAGCUAUUGAAAAAGGUUAUUGAAGCUUUGCAUGCUCAUACAUUGCGAAUUAAAGGCAAUUGAUGAAUUCAAAAGACUCAGUUACGAUUGUUUUUCGCACCUGGCCUUGUAAGCCGUUUAAUAAAAAGGUGCGCUUCCAAGUCUUAUAAACUGAGUUCAAACUCUUCCCUCUGCCGUAAAAAUUGUAUUUGUUCAAUUGCGUUGUUUUCCGUUUUCGUAGUGCCUCAGUUUCAUUGUUUUUCCUUCAAGUUUUAUUAUUGUGUAUGUGCAUGUGUGAAAGGUUGAUG